CCGCUGCUGCUGGCUGUCAUGUCAUGGAGGCACCUCGGAGCGCAGGAGGACCGGGGCUGCGGCGCGGAGGAGGGGGAAGAGAGGAGAUCGCAGCAGCAGCAGUUGAGAAGCGGCGGCAGAGGCUGCAAGAAUAUUUAGCGGCCAAAGGAAGGCUGAGACCUGCCAGCACCAAGCCCUACUUGAAGGACAACAGCAGACAGAAGACUCAAGCUCCCUCCAAAGGACAGCCUACUGUCAGAUCCUGGAAAAACGUUGCCCCAAGCACAGCCAGAAGUGCAUUGACAAGGGAGGCAAAGGGGUCGGGACUUGCUAGCAAAGUCCUUCCAGAUAAGCCUUCCAGGGCUCUUGUACAUCGGGAGCCAAACAAUGCACCCACACAAAUUCCAAGGAAGGGGGGCCCCGUACUUCCUCUUCCCUCAAAGCCCCCUGCUAGAAAACACCCUGAGAAGCUGAUCAGCAGGAAUUCAUCCGCCGGACAUCGCUUAGGCAGGACGAGAGAACCUGGAAAGAGGGAGUUGGCCACAAUAUCUGGGACAUCAAAAGUCCUUUCAGACUCAUGCAAGGCAGAGCGAGAUAAAGAGAACUCUGGGCUGAAGCAUGUUGGGCAGCCUCAGAAGAGAGAGACGUCUCGCUUCAGCCUCCAAUCGAAAUCCCAAGUUGGCUCAAAACCGCCCGGGAAGAACAGCAAGCAGGCUGUGGGGAACAGCACCCUUUCGAAAAACCACAGGGCUGCCGCAGCAAAACUUAAGUCCAGAGCACCCUUAGGGGGUCCUCAGAGCCAAGGCCACAGCAACUCAGUAGUGCCGACUUCACCACCCCGCGGGCGGCCCUCAGUUGUUUCUAGGCCAGGAGUCCGAGGCCAAAAUCCCAGAUUAAUAAAACAGCCUGUGGCGAUUCCACAGGCCGUUGGUCCGCCUGGGCCCAGAGGAUCUCUGGCUAGGAGGGAAGCGCCCAGGAUUCCUGAGCCAAAAUCCAGGCACAGAGCCUCGGAGCAGGGCUCUGGAGGACAUGGGAGAGGCACACUCGGAGCAAAGCAGCCGGCGAGGGAGGCAGGCCAAGAGCCCAAGACCCCAGGGACUCGGGAUCGGAGGAAGCUGCUAGAGGAAUGGUUGGCAUCCAAAGGGAAAUGCUACAAGCGGCCCCCAAUGACCUUCCCCGUUAAAAGGCAACCCCCGCCCAAGGAGAAGGAGGCCCUGGACCGCUCCUUCUGGGACUGCAUGGAAGAAGAGAUGGAGCAACAAAAGGUGGCACAGCAAAUCGCCAGCACCUUGGCAGAGUGCAUGAAGCUGGCAGACGAGGGGGUUCCUUCAGAAGAGCUCCUGGCCAUGCUGUCCCGCAUCCCAGAGGCAGAGAAGUUUGCCCGGUUCUGGGCCUGCAAGGCAAAGCUGUUGGCCCGCCAAGGCUCGUUUGAUGCAGCCGGGCUGUACCAUGCUGCUGCUUGUGCUGGAGCUGUGCCGCUGCAAGAGUUGAGAGAUGCCCUCGUUGACACUCUGAAGCAUUCCAGUCAAGCCUGGGCAACCCCUGCUGAACUCCGACUUCCCGGCAAGGACCAGGCGCAGAGCAACGGGCAAGGACCGGCUUGCCAGCCUCUUUCGGCAAUCAAGCUCCAAGUGGCAUCGCUGCCCAGAGCCAAGGAGCAAAGUGAUAGGACGGGCCUGAAGCUCUUGACCCCAGUGCGGCGGUCCCUGCGAAUUGAGCGGGCGUCUGCUCACUACCCACAGAUGCUGAGGGACCACAACCCCGUCGUGUCCUGUCUGGACGAAAUCGUGGACGCAGAGGACAGCUGUCGCUUCAUCUUCCGCAAGAACGAAGCUUUGCCAGAGACAGUAGAGAUGGAGGGGUUUCUGCCACGGACCUCGGCGCCAACCUCCGCAGCCCCACCCCUGCGCAGGCCCCUUUUCUGUUAGACCAAGAACUCGGGCCAAUAUAAGAUUCAAUAGUGAGGAUAAUCCCUCCUGACAAAUCAAAUAUGAAUUGCAAAAACAAGAAUACAUAUAGCCAUACAGAAGUUAUAAACUCAAAGCCAUAAGGAUAUAUACAACAAAAAUCUGUUUUUUAUUGGUGCAUUUACUAACGAGAACUCCAGUUUAUUUAACCCUUUUCUGUUAGAGCUGCUGCAUUGGUGGACUGGAAAUGUGUGAUGGUAGCAUGGGACUUUCCAGAAUAUAUAAGCAUCUUUAUUUUUAAAAUGAUUUAAAAAAGAAAACAACCUUUUUGACAACACAGGUGGCUUCAGGAAGCUCCAAGAAAUGUGGGGGGGUUCCUCAUCUCUUUCAGCUGGAUUUCUCUCUGGGCAAAAGGAAUCUGGGGGGCGGAGAGCUUCUGCCUGCCAUUUUGUGGGCAUAGGCAGAGAAG